CGUAGUCAGAUCCAACAUGGCGGCGGUGCAGAAUUGUUAUCUCAGAAGUGUCCCGGAGUAAUUGUUUUAGUUUUAUUUAAAAGUUUUCCCGACAGACGGUGUUCCCGGGAGACGUUUUCACCGUUAACCCUCAGCAUGGGUUGUGAAUAGCACUCGCAGCUCCGUGUGACGACGACAGUGUUUGCAGCGGCGGCGGGAGGACAGAGAAGCGUCAGCCCUGACUCAUCCUGCCAGCGGCGGCCAUGUCUCUGGGUGAGCCCACAUCGGACUCGGCGCCAUUCUUCUCAGAUGACAGCGAGGCGGAGGGCCCGGAGGAGCAGGGCGGGGCGGCGGCAUCACGACCGCAGGAGGAGUCAGCCAGCGGGGUGUCGAGCGCCCGAGCGUUGCUGACCGUGUUAAUCCUGUGUUACAUCAACCUGCUCAACUACAUGGACAGGUUCACCGUCGCAGGUGUUCUCCCAGACAUCGAGCAGUACUUUGGGAUUAAUGACGAGAUGUCCGGCCUACUACAAACAGUUUUUAUCUGCAGUUACAUGUUCUUGGCCCCGGUCUUCGGAUACCUGGGUGACAGGUACAACAGGAAGAUCAUCAUGAGUUUUGGCAUCACAUUCUGGUCCUUGGUGACUCUUGCCAGCUCCUACACCCCCAAAAAACAUUUCUGGGCCCUGUUGUUGACAAGAGGCCUGGUCGGAUCGAGAGAGGCCAGUUACUCCACCAUCGCUCCCACCAUCAUCGCUGACCUCUACGUGAAGGGAAAAAGGACUAAUAUGCUCUCCAUUUUUUAUUUUGCCAUCCCUGUCGGCAGCGGUCUCGGAUACAUCGUGGGAUCACAAGUCAGUAGCUUAGCACAUGACUGGCACUGGGCUCUGCGGGUGACUCCGGGGCUGGGACUGAUAGCGGUGGUGCUGCUGGUGUUCGUGGUCCAGGAGCCUAAACGAGGAGCUGUGGAAGCUCGACCGGAGCAUCACCUGCACCAGACCAGCUGGCUGACCGACCUGAAGGCCCUGAGCAAGAACUACAGCUUUGUGUUGUCCACUUUUGGCUUCACAGCGGUGGCGUUUGUCACCGGCUCUCUUGCACUGUGGGCUCCAACGUUCCUCUUCAGAGCGGCUGUCUUCACCGGGGAGAAACCUCCCUGUGUGGAGGGAAACUGUGCAUCAUCUGACAGUUUGAUUUUCGGGGCCAUCACCUGCGUCACAGGUGUGCUGGGCGUGGCCACUGGCGUGCAGGUCAGUCGACAGCUGAGAACAACGAACCCCAGAGCCGACCCUCUGGUCUGUGCUGCCGGUCUGCUCCUCUCGGCACCUUUCCUCUACCUGGCCAUCGUCUUUGCUCAGGCCAGCACCAUCGCCACAUACGUCUUCAUCUUCUUCGGAGAGACCUUCCUGUCGAUGAACUGGGCCAUCGUGGCUGAUAUCCUGCUGUACGUGGUUGUUCCCACUCGUCGCUCCACAGCUGAAGCUCUGCAGAUUGUCAUCUCACAUCUACUGGGAGAUGCAGGAAGUCCAUAUCUGAUUGGAGUGGUUUCAGACUCCCUGAGAAAGAGGGACUCGUUCCUCUGGCAGUUCCGCUCUCUGCAGCUCUCUCUGCUGCUCUGCUCCUUUGUGUCUGUGAUUGGCGGAGGUUUCUUCCUCACCACCGCCCUUUUCAUCGAAAGAGACCGCGAUCGUGCAGAGAACUACGUCCCCACAGAUGAUGAGCCGAUCGUUGUACCGAAGAGCGGCCGAUCCACCAGAGUCCCAGUCUCCAGUGUUCUCAUCUGAUGACAGAAACCUGUCAGCCUGGUCAAACACACACCUGCGGUUAUUAUACUUAAUGUUUUUUAGGACUGAACACCGAUUGGACUAUCUGCUAUGCAGAAAAGUUUUAGGAUAGGUUUAUUUUUUAAUUCUUGACAUUAUACUUUUUUUUUAUAAUUUUACCGUGCCCGGGAACAUGCCGUCGUUUUGGGAGAACUUUUUUGCAUAUCAGUCUCCAGAGCACCAAGUUUGUUGAGAAUGUUUUUGCAACCAGACAGGAUGUUGAGAGACUCUGAGGAAACACAACAGAAACUGCUUGUUGGGUUUUAUUCGACACUCGUGAACCGGAGCCAAAUGACCUGAUUAUCUAUAUUCUUUCUUACCAUCCGUGGAGCUCUAUACCUGCUAAUGUCAUAAAGACGAUAUGAUCCAUACCCUGUGUAACAACAACCAAAAAUCAGGCUGCAUUUUGCUCCUCACGUUAUUUUAUAUACAGGAAAAGCUUUAUUAAUUAGUUCAUAACCGUGGAUUUGUAUAUGUUUGAAGUAGUUUUAAUUAUAACACUAAUAUUCUUACAGUUGUCCAACAACCAGGAAAUAAUGUCAUUUUUAUUCAUCUGUUUAUCCUUUGCAGACGAUACUGCUCUUUUUAAAUCCUGCUUCUCAAGCUGCAAAUGUCCACAGCGUUAAAGGGAGUGCUGUUUAAAGAGCUGGGACAUUUUAUUUGAACUUCUUUUUUUGGCAGGUUUCUGGUUUUCUUUGUGUCACGUUUGAGCUCAGUCUGGUUAAGAGACCCUCAUCAAGUCGACUGAUGGGAGAAACUAGUUUGACAGUUUGUCUCAGCAGUUAAAGCACACUCUGUAGAACAUAUGGUUAUAUUUUUUAAAAGAAAAGCAAAGAAAACACUUUUAAUUGGAUGUUGAUAAUCAAAGUUGUUUGUUAACCUCAAAUUAUUUUAGUCAAUCUUUUUUUGUGAACUUAUUAAACAAGAAUUAAUUUAU